AUGGAGGGGCGACGUGGGAUUGACAAGCUGAUCGACGAGAGGCUCAAUGGGGACUAUGACGAGGAGCAGGCGGACCUCGUGCUCCGGGUCGCCUUGCUCUGCGUGAGGACCGAUAAGGAUGAGAGGCCAGCCAUGAGUACCGUUGUGGGGUUUUUAUUGGCGACCUCUCGCCGGACGACGAGUCUUCGCAGGGUUCCACGGCGUUAG